GGUUCCAGCUUCCGGUCUCUGGCGUCAACGCAAGCGGCGACGAUGCGCGCUUCAGUACUCCUGCUGCCGCUGGCCCUGGCACUGGCCCACGCUGCCACCGCACUGCAUUUCUACACGACCGGCGAUGUGGAGAGGCUGCACACCGCCCUGAUCCGGCCCUACAGCUCGCUGGAAGAGGCGUACCACGCCGCCACCGGCCUCGCCGCACUCGGCGAGCAGCUCCCAGACGAGCAGUCUGCCUGCGAGUUCAUUAAUGCCGAGUUGGACCCCUCUGACGUUCACUCCGUGUUCUACGCAGCCCGGACAAGCAAAGUGCUCUCCGAUUGCGAGCUGUCGGUGAGCAACGAGACGCGCGAGGGGCUGCUGGCGCUGAUCAGCGAGGAUGCGACGGUGGCCGAGGUGGCGCAUGCCGUGGGCGCCCUAGUGGCUCUCGAUCUGCCGCUCUCCUCGCAGCAGGCAGUGACGGCGCUCGCCGUCGCGCUGGCGAGAGAGGACAGCCCCCCCGCGACGAUACAGGCCCUGCUGGCUGCUUCCUACCUCUCACAGCAGGCCGACCUCAACCGCAUCUAUCAGGAGGUGGAGGACCUGGUUGCUCGAGCGGACGAGCAUGGGGGGCUCUACCUGCAGUUCGAGGAGGGCCUGGAGGUGACCGGGCGCUUCGUGCACGCGGCCUACAGCCUCGCCGAGCACAUUGGCAAAGCGCCCAACAUCAAGCCCAACCAGGUGGUGCAGCUGAGUAACGCGGUGCUGGGCCGUGGCUCGCUGGCAACGCUGGCGCAGGCAUCGAGCGUGGCUCUGGCGGCCACCAAACUCUCCAACAACCGCUUCCACGUGCCGCUCGUGGUGCAGCCGGACGGCGCGCCGGCCCUCUCCCACAAGCAGCCCACCCUGCGGCUGCGCGUCACGGACGUGCUGUCGCGCCCCAUACGCGGCACCGUCGUCAUCCUGGAGAAGGCGCGCGAAGCCGCCAGCCGCCGCAGCGUGCUCAGCCAAGUCGCCUUCACCGAGCAAGGGGACGUGCAUGAGUUCGACUUCCUGCAGGCAAACCCCAACAGCGGCUACUUCGACCUGAGCCUUGUUGUGGAGGGAGACGCUCGGCUGAUUGGCAAGGAGACUGAGUUGAAAAUCAAGUUCGCCACCGAGGUCGGCGUCGCCAACGUGGAAAUCGCAAUUGUGGACAAGGACCAGAGCAUCACCACCAAGACGACGUCUGUGGCGUACCCACACAAGGCAACCACCACCUUCACAGCAGACGGACACCAGAAUUUCGUGCUCACCUUCCAGCUCAUUGACCUCCACUCUGGGGCUGACCUUUCCCCUCACCAGGUGUUUGUGCGACUUCAGCACGAGCGCAGCGCGCAGGAGGUGCUCUUUGUGGCCGAGGCGGACGCGCGCCACGUCUACCGCUUCGAGCUGGACGUGCUAGAGCGUCGCGCCGAGCUCGCCUCCGUCGCGGGCACGUACGCAGUGCACCUCCUUGUGGGCGACGCCGCCAUCUACAACCCCGUGCACUGGCUGCUGGCGGACGUGCUGGUGAAAUUCCCAGAAGAGGAAAGCCCUACAGUCGCCAAAUCUCAGAGUCUCUUCAUGCCCAAACCUGAGAUCAAUCAUUUGUUCCGCGAGCCUGAGAAGCGGCCGUCCCUGGUCGUGUCAAACGCGUUCACGGCGCUCGUGCUGGCGCCGCUACUGCUGCUGCUCAUCCUGUGGGUAAAACUCGGAGCCAACAUCUCCAACUUCACCUUCUCGCCCAGCACGUUGCUGUUCCACCUGGGCUAUGCAGGCAUGCUGGUGCUUAUGUUCGUGUUCUGGACACAGCUGAAUAUGUUCCAGACGCUCAAGUAUCUGCUUGUGCUCGGCAUCAUCACCUUCCUCGCCGGAAACCGCGUGCUCGCCCGCAUGGCGGCUAAACGGAUUUCGCACGAGCACCUCAGCAGGAUGGCGAGGUUUAGGUCCGCGUCGGGGACGGGAGGCGUGCGACUAAACAAAUCGAAACUUCACUGACGGCUGCCGUGCUGUGACGAGCGACAACUCCCACGAGGAUUAAACCGUGAUCUGAAAAAGGGGAUGAUGGGAGUUGUGCAUAAAGGAGGGGGGGGGUCUUUUUUGUUAGGGGAGGUGGAGGGAGGGAGGGAGGGCUGGGGCUGACAAUCGGGUCAUUGGGAUCUGGGUUAGGGUCAGGCUAUGGCGAUGCUGGGAUCGGUGUUGGGACAGGAUUGAAGGCAGCAUUGAGGCCGGCAGAAGACGGGAAUUGCUGGGGUCACAUGGCACGCCUCCGCAUACACUCGACGUCUGCACACGUUCUCUGAACGAGCAGGAUGCGAGUUUAUCGAACGGUGAGGUGGGGAUUUUGUGAUUAUUUUCACGGGAGGGACAUCCGAUCCCAUACCAACGUCGUGCCCUCAUUAAGUGAACAGCGAAAAUAUUAAUGAAGCAUCACGCAAAAAAUAUCAUUUCAGCAAAGUCGAAAAGACCUUUAAUUUAAUGAACUUUCUGGCUCUUUAUUGCGCGAUGGUGCAGCUGGAUGGAUGUUGGCUUUCACAAAAUAAAAUUGGAAAACUAAAGAAA